AUAGAUCUAUAUAUAUAAAUAAAGCAUAGUCUAUAAAAAGGAAAUCACAGAUGCAGAUCUAGAAAUCUAGAUUUAGAUCUCUAGAACCAGAUGUUAAAAACAACAAUUUAAAAGAACGAAAUAAAUUCAAUAUGCCAAACAUUUCUGCAAGAAAUCCUUGGGUUAUCGUUGAGUGUAGUACUACUUCAAGCAUUCGAAAUUGUUUAGGCCGGCUUCUUAGUAUCUCAGAACAACACCCUGCGUCGUUAUCCUCUGUGGUUGAUCAUGCUGUUGAGGAUAGUAGUACAUCAAAAUUUGUCAAACUACAGAAAGAGAUAAGCUUGAAAAAUAAACGUUUGGUUAAGACUAGAGGAACUAUUGAAGAUUAUAAUCAGGAAUUACAAUUGUUUGACAUUGUUCAUUUGAAUCAAACUGAAAAACAUUUUAUUGUUGUGAAGCAGCUUUGCUCUGACUUGGAUACAGUUUUAAAAAAUAUAGAAACUUUAAUAAAUUGUUUGCAAAAACCAUUUAUCAAUAACUUUAUCAAGAUGAAUGCCUCCUACCACAGGUUCGCUAAUGAAGUAUUUAUUCAGCUGGUUUUGAGUCUCAAUGAACUAAGUCUACAUACAGACAAUAUAACAUGGAUAUCAAACAAUAAUUUUGUGAUGUCGGAGUUGGAACCAUUAUUAGCAGAAAUCCAGAGCACCACAGCUACAAUUCAAACAUCAUUUCAUACAGUAUCACAGAUGAGAGAAGGGAUUGCACAUUUUUAUAAAUCUCAAAAGUAACUCAGCAAUGCAACAAAAAGUCAAGGAACAUUUUAUUUUGAAAAGGAGAAGCAUGAAUGUAUUUUUGUUUCAUGUAAAUAAUAAUAAAUCAUUAAAACUCC